CUUUUGUACCUGCUUCACCCUUCCCUGUUCUAGGUGCGUCAUCAUUCCGCUUUUCGACGCCGCGCAUCUCCGAAGGACCGCGAGCCUCCCACGACCCUUCUUUCACUUCGUUUUACUUGCAAAUUUCUAACCGUCGAAUCUAGACACUCUUUUAUUACAGCCUUGUAGUCACAAUUCACCUGCAUCCCCGCCAUGUCGUCGACCCCGGUGUUCAACGAUGGCAUCAUCAACCCUAACAAGCUCCUCCACCCCAUUAGCCACGAGCCGCUGCAGCGACCCUCGCCUCUCCCUACACAUCUGAGCGUCACCAGCACUUCGUCAGGCCACUCGUCGCCCCGAGUGCUCCCCGCCGAAGGCCUGGGCGGCUCCGGCUAUGUCGCUCCCACAUUCGAGGGCAAGGAGAAGCAGAUGGAGAGCGUCAUAGAAUCCGUGCUGGAGAAGGCCUUCAUACCAGAGGACGUCGUCCAGGGAGAGGUCGAAUGGUUCUACGACCAGCUGGGCAUCGAUGAUAUGUACUUUGCGACCGAAUCGGUGGAAGCUAUCGCGAACCAUAUACAUUCCCUCUACUCGGCCAAGGUGGCUGCCUACGCCCGCGAUGACAAGCGCUUCGAGAUUCGCCUGGACAAGGAGUCCUCGGACCAUGCCGUCUACAUCGAUACCAGCAGGCCUGGCGUCUCGGUCAUGAAGGGCCCUCAAUACGAGAGCCGCAUCGACGAGAAGUAUCUCAACGUCACUAAGAACGGACAGGGCUACCGCGUCGAGAGUUUCCGAUCCGAAAGCCCUUUGCCCAAUAGCGAGGAGAAGCUGCGCUGUUACUUCGUGUAUGAGUGCGAUUUCGAGAAUCCCAAUCCAGAUGCGAAUGAGUGCGAUAUCGAGAAGAUUGGAGACAAGCGCUUUUUGCUCAAGGCUACCAAGAAUACAAAGGAUAUCUAUCAGCAUGUUCUAUCGCUGGCCAUGGAGCGGACCGGUCCCGUCAUCGAGCCCUUCGACAUCGAGGGCACGCGCGAUAAGCGUUUGGUCAUUGCCUAUAAGCAGGGCUCGGCCAUUGACUUCUUCAGCGCCCUCAGCGAUCUGUAUCACUACUACGGACUGACGACCACUAGAAAAUACGUCGAGCAGUUUUCGAACGGAUACACGACCAUGUCGCUCUAUCUCCGUGAGGCUCACGGCUUGGGAGGCAAAUACCCGCCCAUCGAGUCCUCCAUCUACCAGAUCAUGAAGGAAGUCUCGCUCCUUUACUGCAUUCCGCGGAAUAAGUUCCAGACCCUGUUCGCUACCUCCAAGCUGAGCCUGCAGGAGAGCAUCUACGCCCACUGCGUAUGGGUUUUCAUUUCGCAUUUCCUCAACCGUCUGGGAAAUGAGUACGCCGCUUUGGCAUCGAUCCUCGACCGGGAGAACAGUGCCCACGCAGAACUCCUCUCCAAAUUGAAGAAGAGGCUGCGCACUGAGACCUACACGGCCGACUACAUCAUGGAGAUCAUCAACCAAUACCCCGACCUGGUUCACAGCCUGUACCUGUCCUUUGCAGCCACGCACUACAAGCCGCUGCGUGGCGAGCAGGACGACUUCCUCCCCACGCUAAGCUACAUCCGCUUCAAGACGGACAGGGUCCUCAGCGACGACGAGCUGAAGGAGGCCAUCAACCGAGCCGUCAUUAACGACCAUCAUGAGAAGGUCAUGGAUUACUUCCAGGUCUUCAACAAGCACGUUCUCAAGACCAACUUCUACACCCCCACCAAGGUCGCCCUCAGCUUCCGCUUCAAUCCCAGCUUCUUGCCCUCGUCCGAAUAUCCCGAUCCCCUCUACGGCAUGUUCCUGGUCAUUGGCUCCGAGUUCCGCGGCUUCCAUCUCCGCUUCCGAGAUAUUGCUAGGGGCGGCAUUCGCAUCGUCAAGUCGAGGAACCAAGAAGCCUAUGCCAUCAACGCGCGCUCCAUGUUCGACGAGAACUACAACUUGGCCAAUACCCAGCAGCGCAAGAACAAGGAUAUCCCCGAAGGCGGCUCUAAAGGCGUCGUGCUUCUGGAUUACCACCACCAGGAUAAGGCAACGGUGGCGUUUGAGAAGUACAUCGACAGCAUCCUGGAUCUGCUGCUUCCGCCCAGCAGCCCCGGCAUCAAGGACCCCAUCGUCGACCUGUACGGCAAGGAGGAGAUUCUCUUCAUGGGUCCCGAUGAGAACACGGCGGGCCUCGUCGACUGGGCGACCGAGCAUGCGCGGAGCAGAGGUGCGCCGUGGUGGAAGUCGUUCUUCACGGGAAAGAGCCCCAAGCUGGGCGGCAUCCCCCACGACGUCUACGGUAUGACGACUCAAUCCGUGCGGCAGUAUGUGCUCGGUAUCUACCGCAAGUUGGGUCUCGACCCGAGCAAGGUCCGCAAGCUGCAGACAGGAGGUCCAGACGGCGAUCUCGGCUCCAACGAGAUCAAACUCAGCAACGAGAAGUACGUAGCUAUUGUCGACGGCUCGGGCGUCCUGUACGACCCGCACGGCAUCAACCGCGAGGAACUGGUUCGCCUCGCCACCGCCCGCAAGAUGAUCAACCACUUCGACGUCUCCAAGCUCUCCCCGGAAGGCUACCGCGUCUUGGUCGAUGACACGAACGUCAAGCUGCCCUCCGGCGAACUCGUCUACAACGGGACCUCGUUCAGAAACACGUUCCACCUCCGCACCACCAAUGAGUUUGACGUCUUCGUCCCGUGCGGCGGCCGCCCCGAAUCCAUCGACCUCACCAGCGUCAACAAGCUCAUCGUCGAUGGCAAAUCCCGCAUCCCCUACAUUGUCGAAGGCGCCAACCUCUUCAUCACGCAAGACGCAAAGCUGCGCCUCGAGAAGGCUGGCUGCAUCCUCUACAAGGACGCGUCAGCCAACAAAGGCGGCGUCACCUCCUCGUCCCUCGAAGUCCUGGCCUCGCUCUCCUUCGACGACGCCGGAUUCCUCUCCAACAUGUGCAUCCGGCCCGACGGCACGGCGCCCGAUUUCUACAACGCCUACGUCCGCGAGGUGCAGUCCAUCAUCCAGGAGAACGCGCGGCUCGAGUUUGAGGCCAUCUGGCGCGAGCACGAGGCGACGGGCCAGCCGAGGAGCGUGCUGAGCGACACGCUGAGCGUGGCGAUUACGCGGCUGCAGGAGGAGCUGCAGAGCACGAAUCUGUGGGAUAACGUGGGCUUCCGGACGAGCGUGCUGCGCGAGGCGUUGCCGGCGACGCUGCAGCGGGAGAUUGGGCUGGAGAGGAUUGUGGAGAGGGUGCCGGAUUCGUAUCUCCGCGCAAUCUUUGGCUCGUUCCUGGCCAGCCGCUUCGUGUACGAGUAUGGCAUUUCGGCGAGCCAGUUUUCGUUUUUCGAUUUGUGA